AUUCUAGACGCUAACAUCGCGCACAAAACAAGUACACGUUUCUGAGCUAAGUAUAGCAUUCAGCAGAAAAGAUAACGGAAACUCUCACUUGUACAAAAAACGAGGAUAAUUAAAUGAUUCGUGUUAUCUGCAAUUAUAUUCCAUGACUUACUAUUCCUCAAAGUAUUAUCCUAGCAAAUCCUUAACCACUUAUCCUCGUAUAUCACUUCCUAGUAGAAGAAGAUUUCUUACUACUACUACAACUCCCAGUGCAACUACUGCAGUCAAUGAAAUUAAAACAGAUAAAGAAACCAAGAAGAAAAAAACUAAAGAAAGAAAGAAAAAAGAACCCCCUAAACCCGUUUAUUGGGAAUAUCUUCCUGAUAUCUUAUUAGAAGAUAUAUUUUCAUAUCUGAGCAUCUCUCAGAGGCACACAGCAUCUCAAGUGUGCCUUAACUGGUUUAGAAUAUUUUCUUCUCCAAAUGUGUGGAGGACUUUUGUUUUGGAUGAUAGAACUCUAACAAGACGUAAAUUUAAUUAUUAUCUUGGUUAUCAAUAUAUCUUGGAUCAUCAAAGAACUCAAAUUUGUUUACAUAGAGUUGGUCGUGCUAUCCGCACACUUAUUUUCAAACCGAUUCCAAAUUUUUUUAAUUUGUACGAAUUUAUGUCAAUUGUUACAUAUUUUUGCGAAUUCUUUGACGAAAAUCCGAUGUAUUUGGUUAAAAACUUACAUUUUCGAUUUGCUUGCGAUUCGGCUUCUAAUUCUUCAGAAGAAGUUUUUGGAACUGGAGGAAGAUUGCUUCAAGCGUUAAAACGUUUAAUGAAGAAUCUAAUCGGUUUAAGAUAUUUAUCUCUUCAAGAUUUAUUGUUAGAUACGCCUGAAGCAAUGUUUCUGUUAGAUGAUGUUGUGCAAAAUUGCUCAGAAACUUUAAGAACUCUACGAAUUGUAAAUUGUACAAAAGUUCCUUACGCAUUCAUGCACGUUGGAGUAUUUUUAAAUUUGAAGACUCUCAUUGUUUCUCCUCAACAUCUGAGUGAUGACAUUGUGAUUUUGCUGGGUCACACGAAGUUAGUUGAUCUGUAUAUUCUUCAAGUGAAGCAUACUGAUGUUGCAACACCCGUAUCGAGAAAGACGUGGAAGGAAUGUCGAAAAAUUUCACCAAACCUUCGUGUUCAUCUCGUUAUCGAUGGAAAAGUCAAAGCAGAGGUAAUGUGGCAAGAAGGCGCUCCAAUAAGAUCUAUAAUUUAUAAAACACCAUAUAAUAGAAUUACAGUACAAAGCGCAUUAACAGCAGCAACUAUGUAUACAAAUGAUUUGGAAUGUUAUGCCUUCAUUGGGAUACCAAGAUUUUAUAUGCCAAAACCGUUCCAAGAAAGAGGUGAUUCACCUCUGGUAUUACUAUGUCGCAAUUGUCCAAAUGUAAAGACUUUAGUGAUCAGAGAACGUGUAUCGACGGCGACAGUAUUAUUAAUGGCUUUCUACUGUAAGAAUAUAGAGACUUUUAUCGUAAGAAGAAAUGCCAUAAUUAAGAGAUGCGAUUGGCCAAGAAAUCCCGAUUGGACUGAUGAAUUCUAUUCUUGGUUAAAGACUGCUUCACAAUCGUAUGAAUCUACAGCUAAAGAAGUGUCUUCAAUAUUAGGAAGAGCAUGGAAACCUAUUGGAGAUCAAGAAUUUAAACUGUAUAGAAUUAAUUCUUAUUUAUAAAGAGAGAGAGAGAGAGAGAGAGAGAGAGAGAGAGAGAGAAGUUUAAAAAUGUGGAAAAACUUGAAAUGAACGUAAAGAGAUGUGAUUGUGGCAAGAUCGGCUGUUUUCCUUAAUUUUGCUUCGGCUAUCGCUUAAUGCAGAUUGUUUUCUAAUAUCCGAGAUUAUAUCGAUAUUACUAAUUUUUUAUUUUUUAAAGUUUAUAGUAAAUUGCUUAGAGAAAUAAAGAAUGGGGACCGGCUCAAUGCACCAUUACAAAAUUCUUUGCUUUGAAAUUAAAAAUUACUAAUUCUAUUGAUUUUCAAUAAGGUCAAAAAUAUUAAAUCAAAUUACAUUUAAAUUUAUUAAUAAAUUAGUUUGAAAUUUAUUAAUAAAUUAGUUAUUAAAGCUAACUUAUUAAUAAAUAUGAUAUUUUAUCCUUGCGAAUAUAAGUAUUUGUAUAUGAAUGUCUAUACAUUAAGCUGGUCUCAUAAUGUGAUAUUUACAAUAAGAAUAAUAUUUUUUAUUUAGGAAUAAAUUGAUUUUCUUAUUUUUACUGAAGCUAUCCAUGCUUAUUAGUUUGAAUAUAAUAUCACCACAUAUCAAAUUCGGAUUGUUUGUUAUAUUUAUUAUACAGUUUGGAUAUAGGGCCUAUGUUAAAUUUAAUCGAAAAUAUAAUCAGGCCAUUGCUUUGUUGCUCGGAUUUAUAAUGGAGCAUGUUACGAUCUCAAAAAAUAUUACACUAAAGUUUCAAGAAAGAACUUAAUGAAAUGUUUUGAUGCUAGUUCACAAUACUAUAUAUUUGUGAUUAAUGAAUAUUUAUUAAUGAUUAUUUAUCUUUGUGUAAUUACAUUAUUUUGUAUAUUGUAAUAUUCCUAAUAAAUGAUUUUUGCGUAAUUAUAUUCUUAUAACAAUUUAAAUAUUAUAAACACAGUAAAAUUCUUUGAGUUGAUAUCCUUCUAAACUGAAAUCUUAAUUGGAACCGAGAAC